AUGUCAUCCUCUCAGCCCUUCCGGGACUCCUCCCCUAUAGCCGGCAUUGAUAGACGCAAAUCUCAGUUCACCUUCAAGCAUUUGUCCCAGCUAGCGACUUACAAUACAUCGUGCCCCUUGCGAGUCAUAGCUCACAUUGACCUAGAUGCCUUCUAUGCACAAUGUGAGAUGGUUCGUUUGGGCGUGCCCAAGGACCAGCCUCUGGCCGUCCAGCAAUGGCAAGGACUGAUUGCUGUCAACUACCCAGCACGUGAGCACGGCAUUGGUCGUCAUUGCACUUUGACGGAUGCGAAGAAGCUGUGUCCUACCCUGGUCGCUCAGCAUGUAGCCACUUGGCGAGAAGGUGACGACAAAUGGGCUUAUCGCGAUGAUGCUGCUGCCAACAUCCAGAGCGACAAAGUCUCGCUCGACCCGUACCGUCUUCAAUGCAGAAAGAUUCUGGCAGUCAUCAAGGAAAGCUUGCCUAUGGGUCAGCAAAAGGUUGAAAAGGCUAGCAUCGAUGAGGUUUUCCUUGAUCUCUCCGCACAGGUCCAUGCCGUUCUCCUGGAACGCUUCCCCGAGCUGAGAAACCCACCACCUUACGACGAUCCGACGGAGAAUCUUCCCGCCCCAUCCGUAGCAGCUCUGGACUGGCAAGCGGAUGCACUCGUCGAUUUGAAUGAGGAGGAGGAAUCCGUGGAUCCAGACUGGGACGACGUGGCGAUCCUCAUUGGUUCUGAGAUUGUCCGCGAUGUCCGAAGACAGAUCCUGGAGAAGUUACACUACACAUGCUCCGGAGGUAUUGCCAAAAAUAAGUUGUUGAGCAAGUUGGGCUCCGGCCACAAGAAGCCCAACCAACAGACCGUCAUUCGAAACCGAGCAGUCGCCCAAUUCCUGUCAGGCUUCAAGUUCACCAAGAUACGCAAUCUCGGGGGGAAGCUUGGCGAAAACGUGGUCUCAACUUUCAACACUGAGGUCGUUGACGAGCUUUUAGCUAUUUCUCUAGACCAGAUGAAAGCGAAGCUAGGCCAUGACACCGGAACCUGGGUUUUCAAUACUAUUCGUGGCAUCGACACUAGUGAUGUCAACUCCCGCACGCAAAUCAAGUCGAUGCUAUCUGCGAAAUCGUUUCGGCCUUACAUCACCACCCCGGAACAGGCCCAUCGGUGGCUGAGGAUCUUCACUGCCGACAUCUUCGCCCGCUUGGUUGAAGAGGGGGUUUUGGAGAACAGGCGCAGACCGAGAACAAUUAACUUGCACCACCGGCAUGGCGGUCAGAUGAAAUCACGCCAAGGUCCAAUUCCCCAAGGCAAGACACUAGAUGAGCAAGCGUUGUUCGAGCUUGCAAAGAACCUCUUGAACCAAAUAAUAGGGGAAGGCAACGUUUGGCCCUGCGCCACCCUCAGCUUGAGUGUGGGUGGCUUCGAAGACGGCGUCACAGGCAACAUGGGCAUCGGCGCUUUCUUGCUGAAAGGAGAAGAAGCUCAGGCACUAAGGCAGGGCGGCCGCGAGGCAAAUGAUUUGUCCAAUCCUGAAGAACAGCCGCCAAAGAAACGUCGGACGGACGGAGGGGCGAUACAUCGCUUCUUCACACGCAACGUUUCCGCAGGCGAAGAACUGCCGUUCGACGGUACAUUUGUGAAGAACGAUGUCAAGCCCCGAGACCAGACUUCGUCAGGUGAGCCAUCCACAGCUGCUCCAGGUAUGAGUAUGGCGCACGAGGACGGCAACGGCGGCUUCCACCAGGUGCCAAUCACGGCCUUCGUGUGCUCACGGUGCAACACAAGGUUUGAAACGCCAGAAGAGCACCAAAGCCAUGAGGAUUGGCACUUUGCCAAAGAUCUACAAGACGAAGAACGUGGCAAGCCCAUACUUGCCCAACACUCGUCUGCCACCCGCGGCUCCGGCCCAAAGACUUCAGGUGCAUCGGCCAAGCGGGGCGGCCGCGGCGGCAAGCUAGAGCAGGGACAGAGUAGAUUGAAGUUUGGAUGA